AGAUAGAUAAUAUUUGCAGUUGAAAUAAGCAGUAGCUACUAUCAUCCGUAAAACCGAUAAGAUUAUAUCACUCGCUUUUCUGAAAAGAUUUUUUUUUAUUUUAAAUUAAUAUGAUUUCGGAAGUUAGCGAUGGAAAACCGACAAGAACGUUUUUUAUGAAUACAUUUUUGUUAUGCUGUAUGUCAGAAUUUUUUGGAACAGCAGUUUUACUAUUUCUGUCUUGUACAGGAGCCACUUUAGACGUUCAAGGAAAUAUAUCCAUUUUACAUGUCAGUUUUGCAACUGGACUGGCGGUUACAGCGGUUAUUCAGAUGCUGGGCCAUAUUUCUGGCGCUUACAUAAAUCCAGCGGUGACACUAUCAGCAUUUAUUUUGGAACAAAUCAAUUUGACACAAACAAUAGCAUAUAUGAUUAGCCAAAUUUUAGGAUGCCUUGUUGGCACAGGAUUUCAUAAAUUGCUGACCCCAACAGCAGCUUUGUCGGUUGGCAAUGGAGAACGUGGUGUUUGUGUAAAUGCACCAGGAAAUGGGAUUAGUGAGUUGGAAGCUUUUGGAGUUGAAGUUAUCCUCACAAUAAUUUUAGUAGUAGCAAAUUGUUCCAGUUGGGAUAAAAGAAAUUCAAAUAAGACUGAUUCUAUACCUUUGAAAAUUGGUCUAGUGGUUGUAUCGUUAAAUCUCUCUGCUGCGGCUUAUACCGGAGCCAGUAUGAAUCCCGCUAGGAGUUUUGGUCCGGCAGUUGUGUACACUGAUUUUACAUCCCAUUGGAUAUACUGGGCUGCACCUAUUGUGGGAUCAUUAAUUGCCAGUUUAACUUAUAAAUUCAUAUUUUUACAAAAAAACGUUUGGUAAACACCUUCUUUGGUGUAGUCUACACAUUUGUCAUUUAUUGAUUACAUUCUAUUUCCAUUAUAUAAAAUAUAUCUAUUUAAGGAA